GCAACCUCGAGGUGAAGCAUUUCUCCCUCUACCUUUGAGCCCCAUCGAUACGUGCCAUGGACGGACUUAGUCGCGCCUUCCACUUCAUCCUGGACCCCUUCCAGAGCGAGAAGAAGCCCGAAAAGGAGGCCACAGCCCCCUUUGACCAGCCCUACCUCGAGCCCACGCGGUGGUUCCUUACUGAGGAAGAGAUGCGCACCUCACGCGACGGCUACAAGCGCGAGGGCAUCCACCUCUACACCAAGGGGAACCGCGUCAAGCUAUACGUGGCCUCGGCCCCCUACUUCAGCGACGUGGCCGACGACAUGCUCGAGGUGCGUCAAGGUGACCUGGUCUACCUCACGGGCUGGGGCACGUGCAACGUUCCCUUCAAGCCGCACGAGCCCGACACCAAACUGGCUGACCUGGCUGAGCACGCCGUCAAGCGUGGUGCUGACUGGCGCAUGCUCGUGUGGUCCAACAUCACGGAGCGUGCCCAGAACCACGAGGUGCGUGACCUCAUCAACGCUCUGCCGCCUCCGGAGCAGUACGGCCCCGCCCGCUUCGUGUACGACGACCGUCUGCCUCACGCCACGUCGUCGCACCACCAGAAGUCGGUGAUCGUGCGUAAGGGCCGUGAUCUCGUCGCCUACGUGGGCGGUGUGGAUCUUACCAACGACCGCUGGGACACCAUCGAGCACGACCAGGCCGAACUGCGUGAACGUACGGGCAUCAAGUGUCUGUGGGAUGGCUGGCUGGAUGCCCACGCGCGUAUCGAGGGCCCUGCUACUAAGGACGUGGCUCAGAACUUCUUCGACCGCUGGAACUCGGACACGCAGCCGUCGCAGGAUCUCAUGGACGACCUGCUGGACUUCGAGAACCCGGACUACUCCGACCUCCCGCCUAUUGACGAGGGCGAGAUCCCACUCGACAUUCCUCAGGACGGCACCCACGCUGUGCAGCUGUGUCGUACCUUCAGCCCGGACUACGACCACUACGGCUUCGCCCCUCAGGGCGAGCAGUCCAUCUUCCACGCCCGUAUCAAGGCCAUCCGUAACGCGCAGAACUACAUCUUCAUCCAGGACCAGUACUUCAUUCUGGUGCCGGAACUGCUGGAGGCCAUCAUGGAGAUGAUGCCCAGUAUUGAGCGUCUCAUUGUCAUCGUGCAGCGCACCGUCGAGGCGGGCUACACGGGGUACGCCAAGUACCUGUACGACAUGGUUGCUCCGAUCCAGAAGGCGUAUCCGGACAAGUUCAAGUUGUACUCGACGAAGGAGUCCAAGCAGCUGUACAUCCACAGUAAGCUGGUGAUUGUCGACGACGUGUACGUGUCGCUGGGCUCGGCCAACUGGAACCGCCGCAGUAUGACGAGCGACACGGAGAUCGGCGUCAACAUUGUGGACACGGAGCUGGUGCAGUCGCCCGACAACAUUACGGUGAACAAGCUGGCGCGCAACUACCGUAUCCAGAAGUUCAUGGAGGCGACGAAGCUGACGUACGACAAGCUGGACGCCAUGACGUUCCUGGAGGCGUGUGACGCGUUGGAAGCCGCUGCGCACGACGACGGCUCCAGCAUCAUCGAGCCGUACUCGGUGGAAGAUCAGGCGCAUUUCGACUUUGUGCCGGAUGCUCUGCGCCAGAUCGUGGACCCGGACGUUGAGGGGGAUGACUAAGCGCUCCCCAGACUGUCAUGUGGUGGGUUUAUGUUUCUGAUUAAGUUUUCGCUUUACUGUGAGGUUGUUUUCUUGCUUUUGUGUGAGAUGAUAGCUGCAUUGCGCUCAUCAAGAGCGCGGAAGAGCGAUCCAAAAUAUGAAAACAAUAAUAAAAAUGUUUGGCAUGUUGAA